ACUCCAGACAAUGAAGUAAACCUAGCAAACAAUGUGGUAAAUGGAGUAACACCUGGCUGCAACAUUCAGGAAAAAGCAGCAGAUGGGUCUCCAGUGAGUUCUCGCUCACUCUCAGCCAUUCAGAUCAUUCCAGUGAAGGCAGUACAAAGUUUUCCAGAUCUUGUGCCAGUUCCAGAUGUGGAUUCAGCAAAAGUAUGCACAGGCAAAGGAGCUGUGACCCUCCGAGCAUCCACACCCCAGGGGGAAGUGCAGAAAAGCAGAUCUACCCUAGAUAUUGAGCUGAUACCUUGCGGCUUGCCAGCUGAAGGAGAAGAAGCAGAUGACAGACCCCCUUCAGUAGCUGAAUCUAAUGGGGAUUCUCAUCACUCUUCUCUGGCUGCCAAAGGAUUCCGGAGUGUCCGCCCCAAUUUUCCUCCUGAAAGCAAGAUUCAGGAUGCCACUGCAGACACAGCUCAGCCUGAGGUUAUAAUAGUCCCACUCAUCCAGGUUAAAGUUGAAAGAGAGCAAGAAGGCACUUCGAGCACUCCACCGCCACCUCUUGUACCUGCUGGCAAACUCUCAGCCUCCCCAGAACUUGUCACCUCUAACUUGGCUUUUCCGACACUUGAUGAUUUUAUUCCCCCUCAUCUGCAAAAGGGAUCACACCAUAGACCCAACUCUCCCAAUUAUUCUAUUCCAAACAAUCUACCACCUUGCUCUCCACCACCUUCACUGGUGCCAUCGGACGACUCACUCAGAGUCUCGAAACUUGAUAGCAGUGACGCCAUCUUACCCACAGAGCCUGUGCCUGAUGAGAUUCCAGCUCCCAUUGUAAGCAAUGAUAAACCUUACUCAUUUGUAUCAGCAAGCAAACCCUCUGUGUACCCAUCCACUACCACAGUAAAUCCUACCAUAGUACUUUUGCAGCAUAAUCGAGAGCAGCAAAAACGUCUUAGUAGCUUGCAAGAUCCUGUGCUGGAUGGCUCUACCAAUGGGAAAACAGAGCCAGUAAUUGUGCCGGAGAGAAAACGUCCAGAAAGUAAUCCCCCUGUGCAGAAAGCAGCCAUGGACAAUACAAAAAGAGAAGCCCGUUUUCUUCAUCACAUAGGAGAUAUGUCAGUGGAGGACAUAGGCAUUCCUCUCCGGAACACGGAGAGAUCAAAGGACUGGUACAAGACCAUGUUCAAGCAGAUCCACAAGUUAAACAGAGACUCUACUGAAGAAAACCCUUAUACCCCAACAUACACAUUUCCUGAACUACCUGAGGUCAAGCCUAAAACAGAAGAUGAUGAUUCAGAUUCCUAUCCAAAUUAUGGGCGACAUUCAUAUAUAGAAGAUGGAAAAUCCCAGCCUUCCGUGCCACGUUCCAGGAGUGAGAUGGAUCAUAUCGACAUGGAGAAUAGUGUCCGCAGGUCUGUCACCUUACCUCUCCCGGCCCGCUCCUCCUCCCUCAAACCAAACCACGAAAGGAAUGAUUGGGAUCCCCCAGACAAGAAGGUUGACACCAGAAAAUACCGUGCGGAGCCAAGGAGCAUUCAUGAGUACCAGCCUGGGAAAUCCUCAGCACUCGUCAAUGAGAAGAUGACUCGGGAUAAAAGCCCAGAAGAGAUAGAUUUAAAGAAUGAGCCUUGGUAUAAAUUCUUUUCCGAGUUGGAAUUUGGGAAACCGCCUCCAAAAAAGAUAUGGGAUUAUACUCCGGGGGAUUGCUCUAUCCUCAAAGUAGAGGAUAGGAAGACUGAGCUAGAGAAAGACCUCUAUCAGUACGAGUCUGAGUUAGAGGCAGAUUUAGAGAGAAUGGACAAGUUUUAUAAAGCCUCUGAUAAAAGGAACGCAGCUGUGAGCCGCCAAGACGAUCUUCCAUCUUACUCUUAUGCACCUAGUUACCAUUACAGCCGAGAGAUAGAAACUUCACCAGAGCCCCCACUGACUGAAAAUGAGAGGCAGAUCUACAAGAAUGUAUUAGAAGGAGGAGACAUCCCAUUACAGGGACUGAGCGGCUUGAACAGACGUCCAUCCAGCUCUGCUUCCAAUAAAGGUGGGAAUGCUCAUGUAUUUUCACAUUCCUCAUUUAACAAGCGAGCGUGCAGUGCUAGUAAUUUGUUAGGCAGUCUAUAUAAGCAGAAGUCCUCUUUGUCUGCUGCGAAAGCUUGCAUAGCUGAAAUUCUGCCAUCCAAAUUCAAACCUAUAGUGACCACACAGGACCCCCACUUGCACAGACAGUCCACUUUGCUGUCUCAGCAGAAGGCACAGAGCUGUGAGAACUUGCUUGAACCUUCAUCUUUUGACAACAAGCAAACUUGCAUGAGACAAGCUGGGGGAAGUGUAGAAAAUAUGCUGGCAAAAUCUUGUAGGGAUUAUAAAGUGAAGUCGGGCAGCACCAUGAGCCUGCAGGAAUACAGUCUGAACUCUGUCAAAUGUCCUUUUCCACCCAGUUUCAAGUCGGGUGGCUCAGAAUUCAACACCAUGUACAGAGAUAUGCAUCAUAUUAACCGAUCCACCUUACAAAGUGCUUCUUCAUGUUCCAGUGUGAGAGACAUAGCAAGCCAUUUUGAAAAGGAAGGAAAGCUCAAGUCAUGCCAUAGAUUUGGACUUGAGGGUUAUGAACAUGUACCCAAGCACAAUGUAUCUACCCGUGUAACAGCAUUCGAACAAUUAAUUCAGAGAUCCAGAUCUAUGCCUUCUCUAGACAUAUCCAGUGGACAGACUGUCUCAGCAAUACCACCACAGUCAACAGCAGGAAUUAUCUCUGCCUGCUCUACUGAAUCGCUUAUAGAAAUGCCAGUGAAGGUAAAUGAGGAUGAGGCCCAGCAGCAAGUGCACACAGCUUCCACCACUAGUAGUAAUGUUGAAGACAUGAGCUCUGACCUCAGUGACAAUGCUUUAGUAGAUGCCCUUUCUGGUGGCACUGAUGAGACGGACCAUCUUUCCAAUGCUUCAACUGACAGUUGUAACAAUCCCAUCAAGCCUCCCCAAAGAUAUAAAAUGAACACCUGCAAGAGUUCCUGUCCAGCUUCCUACACAAGAUUUACAACUAUUCGAAGGCACGAACAGAAAAUGGCCAAGAACAACACAUCCAACUCACAAGCUGAACGUCUGAUUCUUCAGCGAAAUAUGUUUCUUAUGAGUCCCCUCCCUUUCAAAUUAAAAAAGCCAUUACAAAGUAGCCCACAGAAGUCUUCAGACACCUCUGACAAGCACAGCAGUGUGGUUCUGUCAGCUGCAGAGAGCCAGACUGAUGAGAGUCUUAAGUCUUCAGAGGGGGUUGAAGAAAGGCCCUGUCUCCCUACACGGCAGUCUUCAUAUGACAUUGUGGAAAGAUUAAGCUGCGUAAACCUUAACAGUCUAGAACAUGACAUUGCCAACCUAGAGCAAUAUUCUAACUCUAAUGGUGAUAUUGUCUCAUUUCCUUUAUGUAACAAUUUGGACUCAAACAACAACAGUGAGCCGAGUGAAGGUGGAGCAGUCACAGGAGAUUCUGAAUCUCCAAGACAUUUUACACCUCUUGAAUACAUGGAUCAUCCAGAAGAAUUAGUGCGUCGGCGUUAUGACAGUAAAGAGAAACUUUUAGAGGAUCAGCGGAGACUUAAACGUGAGCAAGAAGAAGCUGAUAUUGCUGCUAGGAGGCACACUGGGAUUGUCCCAUCACACCACCAGUUUAUCACUAAUGAGCGGUUUGGAGAACUCCUCAAUGUAGACGAUUCAUCAAAGAGGAGAUCUCGGUCUGAGAUGACACAAGCCAGAGCAAAAUUUGAUUUCAAAGCACAGUCUCCAAAGGAGUUGCCACUCCAGAAAGGAGAUAUAGUUUACAUUUACAAGCAAGUAGAUCAGAACUGGUUUGAAGGAGAACAUCAUGGAAGGCUGGGAAUCUUUCCUAUUUCAUAUAUUGAGAUGUUGCCACAAACUGAGAAAGUACAGCCACGGAAAGCUUCACCAGUGCAAGUUUUAGAGUAUGGAGAUGCCAUUGCCAAGUUUAACUUUAAUGGGGAUACAGCUGUAGAAAUGUCUUUUAAGAAGGGUGAAAGGAUAACGUUGAUUCGCAGAGUGGAUGAGAACUGGUAUGAAGGGAAGAUAUCCGGUACAGGCCGUCAAGGUAUAUUUCCAGUAACCUAUGUAGAUGUGCUCAAGAGGCCGCGUGUUAAGAACGCACCAGAUUACAUGGAUCUGCCAUUGACUUAUUCACCAAACAGAAGCACAAGUGCGUCCCCACAGCCUUGCAGAUCUGAUGGUGAACAAACACUGACAUCUAAAAGUCCAGUAAUGCUUACAGACUCCCCGGUUAAUACCCUGAAAUCAAAUUCUGUUGUGCAGCCCCAGCAUACACUGAGCACAGGACCAGAGCUCACAGAGUCUGAAAAGAGCUAUGUGCAACCUCAAGCACAACAAAGAAGAGAAAGCAUAGAGAGGAGUCAGACGCCACAAGACAUGUUUAGCUUUCAGGCUUUGUACAGCUAUUUACCACAAAAUGAUGAUGAGCUGGAGCUCAGAGAAGGAGACGUUGUUGAUGUCAUGGAGAAAUGCGAUGAUGGAUGGUUUGUAGGUACAUCGAGAAGAACAAAACUGUUUGGCACGUUUCCUGGCAAUUAUGUCAAGCCAUUGUAUUACUAA